AUGGUGAUUGCUAGCAAAACACAAACCUAGUAAUGGAGCCCUUAUACCAGGAAUACCUAACAAAUCAUGGAACUGUAGUAAAACCUUAUUAUUGGUUGGCCUUGACUCUAGACUGUUCUAAGUGCCCUUAUCACAUCCAGACAGGGGAAGAAGCAAGAGUUACUCAUACUGAAUUUUAUCAGCUCUUUGGAUUCCCUUGUGGGCCUAGUCCUCAAACAAAACAUCUCACAUUUUAUGAAUUAAAAACAUCUUCUGGCAACCUGGUGCAAAAGGGUCAGGCUUCAAGUUGCACAGAGUAUGAUACACACCCAGAAUCUAUGUUAUUUGAGAUGGGUAGUUAUCUUGAGUCACUCAUACAUAACAAUGACAACAGUGAACAGAUCAGUCUUUAUUCUAACUACUGUCCUUGUAAUGAAGCCAACCAUUGCUGCAUCAGCAAAAUGUACAACUUUCUGAUGAGAUAUCCAGACGUCAACCUCAAUGUAUAUUUCUCUCAGCUUUAUCAUGCGGAGACUAACUUCCCUGUUUCAGCAUGGAACUGUGAAGCUUUACAGAGUCUGGCUAGUUUAUGGCCUUAGGUCACUCUGAACCCAAUUAGUGGUGGAAUCUGGCAUUAUCUUCUCUAUCAUUUUGUGAGUGAUGUCUCCGGGGCAAUUCUUUACCAACCACUUUGGCUUGCAAGAGCACUGGCUGACAGACACAAUGCUUAUGAAAUCAGAGCAAUCACAGGAGUGAAACCACACUUCAUUGAUGUACUUCCCCAGACAACAGUGAACCCAAACACAAAAGCUCAGCUGGAUUUACAGAAAUGCCCUUUAAGCAAUGUAUUCCCUCAGGAGUCUUCUCAAGUGAUGAACAACCAACUACCACUCAUGAUGAUGACUCCAGAACAGAGGACACCUAUAAUUUUUAUGUUAGUGCCUUUUGGAGAGCAACAACCACUCAGUGUAGGUCAAAACCCAUCCAAGCCAAAAAACAUUGUAAGGCACUUAAACAUGCCUCGGAUGUUAUUAAAGGAAACCAAAGACCCCAGAGGACCCCGUGCUGGAAAACUAGUGGAGACUGUGGAAAUCAUAGAACAAUUUUCAGACACUAAAGAAGUAAGAAAGAAAAAAGAA